CUUCACUUGGACAUUCCGAUUACAACGGGAACAAUAAGCAGAGUGCUAAGGAGGGUCAUAGGGGAACGUUUGAAAGUAAUAUCGACCAUAUGCAAAAUACCACUACGGAUGUUAGUCAUCACACAGCUCCGAGGAAGUACAUGUCAAGUAAAUGUACUUGAUUUAAAGCGAAUUAAGAUACCUGUCGCACUUCUACCCCUUGCUAUAUAACCUAGUGCAGUACUACAGUGUGGUCACAAAGACCCAACAGGACCAAGGUGUAGGCGCUGUAGAGCGGCAGAGCGCGCGGACUGGAGCAGAGAGGGAACUGAGCGGAGGUUUCAACCAAGGAAGGAACAUUUCAUUUUUGCGUACGCUUAAGACACUUAUGUGGAGAGGAGACGAUACCAAUUUCCGCAGGUGUAAACAUCGAGCUCUCAAAAGUCAGAGAGGGGUUGAAAAACAUUUAAACUCAGUGUACAAGUGCUUUAAUAGCCUAUUUAUACUUUUUAAAAUAGAAACAAACGAAGAAAGAAUAGUUUUAGGGCGGAACAGUUGCGCGCAACAGAUAGCUGCAUCAUGAAAUUACUUCUACCGCUUGUGAUAGCUUUUAUUGCUAUUGCCCAAUUUUUUUGUGAAGAAAUUGGUCCAAAAGAAGAUCUUGAUUAUUGGACAAACGAUCAAAUUACGGACGAGUGGCUGUCGUCUGACCCGUUCAGAGAGAUACUGCGGAGGAUGACGCGGAAACCGCGGCCUCAUCAGUUCUUUGGCCUGAUGGGGAAACGCUCCUCCGCGAAUGCACAGAUAACCCGAAAAAGGCAUAAAAUUAACUCCUUUGUUGGAUUGAUGGGCAAGAGGAGCCAAGACGAACCAGAUUCAUUUGAGUGGAACACACAACAGAACUACAACAAGCGCCGCUAACCAGUUAAUCUGUAUCCAGUCCUCUGCUAUUGGUCCGCUUCUCAACAAGUCAUUCCUACAGAAGAUCGGAAGGGGUGUCUGAUGCGUAGUUUUGUUUCCUCCAAAAUAUGUGUCGUCAAAUUGAUUGUAAUUCCCGUAAUAAAAUGUCUGUUUCCACAUCGUGUUGAUGUAGCUGUACUGUACCUGACUGUGCCAAUUUGACUUGUUCAGGAAGAAUGCAGGAGUGUGAUCUGAAUAGGGUUACAAAAUUCUGUUAGUUUUCCCAAUCAUUCCCAGGUUUUCUAGAAAUUCCGGUUUGAAGAUUGGAAUUAGAUGGGAAAUCAUAAAACUGACAUUGUCACCCUCGGUGUGAACUGAUACUGCUACCGUACCUUACAGAAACAUUAUGUUAUUUAAUGUAUGUCAAACUAUUUUAGUACCAUCACCAUAUCAUCGGUUCCAGAGAAUACUGUUGUCGUGGACCAUCAAAGCAAAGCUCUACCCCAGGGUAUGUAGAAAAUUGCACUGCCAAUCCCACUGUCUAGUGCCUCAACUGUUUUAAUCACAACUGAUUGUUCUGUAAAUAAACUAAAUACUCUGGUACACUACAGACAUGCUGCUCCAUCAGGACAUGCUCUCAUUUAAAUUGACUGUAAAUCAAACUGUCAUGUUUAUGAAACCAAGACGUAUGGUAUGACAGAAUACUUGUAUGUAAUUGUGGCUUGAUAUAUUAAAACUAUUUUCUUUAUUGG